AAAAAGUCAGAUAUUUAAAUUAACCAAUUUUAAUACAGGUUAGGACAAGAAACAAUAAUGUAUAAACGUAUCUUUGACAAAUACAUUGCUCUUUUUUUCUGGAGAUCUAAAAAUGGAGAACAAUACAAUUCCUGAAGACUCUAAUAACUGGCUGAUCAUUAAAAAUGAACAAGGAUUUGUUAAAACAGCUACUUGUGAAGAAAAUGAAACUCAAGUAUACGAUAAAACAAGAGAUUGGGUAGUUACUGAAUGUGAUUCAAAUAGACAGAAGUUUAAUGAAAAUAUAAUGGUCUCAAAAAAUAUAGCGAAAUUCUUUAUCAGAGAUUUUUUGGAUGCUAAAGAAGUAAAUGGUUGCUUUAUUCAUAAAAAUAUUGAAUUUACGUCUGUGUACAUUUGUGGCCAAGUGGUUGAUAAAUAUGCAAGUUCGGAGUAUUACUUCAUAGAUGUGGAUGAUGGUACAAGUUCAAUUAAAUGUUUAAUAUCAAUGAGUAAUUUAGCUUACAUGAAGCAAUCAAAUAAAGGUUUAGAAACAUGUAGAAGCUGGAUGGAAGAAAAUAAACACACUGAAACUUGUUUACUAAAGGCAGCUAGAGUUUUAAUGUCUUCUUUUGAUUAUAUGCAGAGAUCUAUACCAGAUUUCCAUGAAUUACAACUAGGAGAUACUGUUCAAAUAAUUGGUACAUUAAGGGAAUAUACACAUGGUAGAAAUGUAUUUAUUAAAAGAAUCAACAGAGAGUUAUACAAUCCUCUUAUUUUUAUGUCACAUUUAGAAGAAAUGAUUUAUUUAUAUCGUGAAGUGUACAGUCAAGAAUAAUUCAGUGAAAUAUCAUAUUAAUUUUCAUAAUUUUAUUGAUUAUGUUUUUUAUUCUUACAAUCACACCAUCUGAUUGGGCGUUUUGUGUUAUCUUCCUUAGAUAUUAAAGGUAAACUUUUAAAUUUUUUUAUUUUUAGCUCUAGAUUGAAGUUUUAAUUGAUAAUUAUUAAAUUUGUGAAUUAAUGACUAAUAAAAGACUAUUAUCAAAUAUCGAUAGCUACGUUGCAAAAUCCUGUAAGUGCAAAAACUAAAAAUGUGCUGCAUAUGUUUUAUUUUAUAAAAUUCACAUUUUAUGUUUUAUUUUUAUUGCAAGCUUAAGACAAAGAUGAAAUGUUUUAAGUAAAAUUUUUGGUUUUUACUUUUGUGAAAUAAGAUUUAAACUCAAUUUCAUAACUUAUAGGUAUUUACCUAUAACUUACUUGGUUCUUACAGACUUUUGCCCUCAUAGGAAAAUGGGGAGUAGUUAUGUAAAACAAUCGAAUUCAUUGCAGGCUGUUGCUCCAUGAUUUUGAGAUCUCUAACUUACAGGUUAUUACAAAAGGUGAUAGACAAAACAUAGAACCUCAAAGGUUUCAUUUGGUGAUGUCAGAAUGUGCAACGAGCCAACAUUGACUAGUAAAGCGCAAAAACAUAUUUUCGAAUAAGAUUGUACUUACAGGCUUUUGUAAUGUGGCUGUCGAUAUGUUCCAGUAAACUAACGUGCUGGAAUACUGUGAAUUUUGUGAUAACCACUGUCCGUUAUAUAGAAAAACAAAAAAAUAAAUAUAUCCCCAUCA